AUGGUGGCACUGGCGAAAGAAUCGGCCGACUGGUUCAGACCGGAGAUGGAGUGGGUGAGCAAAACGUCAUGUGUAUUGAAAGAGAAGAGGGAAAGUGGGGCUGAAAUAUCAAGGGCAAACCUGCAGAAGAUGUCGGCGAUGCAGCUGGAGCCGAAGACGAAGGCGCCACAGUCGAAGCCGACGACGGCGGAAGCAGAGGGGAUCGGAGCUGCAACAGAUUGGAGUAAAGGAGAGGCGUCGUUGAUGGUUGGGAGGGAAAAAAGAGGCUGUGCCCUGAAAUAG